ACAACAAAAAAACCCAAACUUUUAUACAUGUCACAAAUUCGGACCUAAUUUUAUACAGUCUAUGAUUCGGGCCCAUCGCAGCUGACCAAUCAGAUGCGUUUAUGCAGCUAGGCCCCGCCUCCUUAAGAACCCCACUCGCUGUUCUCCUUCAGACGCUGCGUGACGUCAUGAUUGCGGAAGUUCCCCGGCAGGAUUAUUCCAACGUGAAUUUGCUGUAAGAUAAAUUUCUCUGAGAAGUUAAGUGAGUUAUUUGAUUUGAUAACAGCGCGUCAGCGAUGGCAGCUCUUAAAUACUCCGGGAUGGACGACACAGACAGUGAAGACGAGCUCCCUCCCGGCUGGGAGGAGAGAUCCACUACAGACGGAUGGGUUUAUUAUGCGAAUCACGAGGAAAUGAAGACUCAAUGGGAGCAUCCCAAAACUGGGAAGAAGAAGCGCUGUGCUGGAGCUUUGCUGUAUGGAUGGGAGCAGGAGACCGAUGAUAAAGGCCAGAUCCUCUAUGUCGAUCACAUCAACAAGCGCAGCACGUUCUUCGACCCUCGGCAGGCCUUCACUGUAGAGGACCUGCAGGUGAAGCCCAAACGCUACGACGGGAACAGCACGGCUCUGGAGGUCCUGCACGCUCGAGAUCUGUCUGACAGAGUGGUGCUGGUCACCGGAGCCAACUCCGGCAUCGGUUUUGAGACUGCCCGAUCUUUCGCUCUUCAUGGUGCUCAUGUGAUCUUAGCGUGCCGAAACCAAAGUCGUGCCAGUAAAGCAGCGAGUCUGAUCAUGGAAGAAUGGCGCAAAGCCCGUGUCGAAGCCAUGCCGCUGGAUUUGGCUUCCUUGAGGAGUGUCCGAGAGUUUGCGGAGAUCUUCAAAGCCAGGAAACUGCCGUUGCACAUCCUGGUGUGUAACGCAGCGGUUUGCACACAGCCCUGGAAUUUAACGGAGGACGGGCUGGAAACCACCUUUCAGAUCUGUCAUCUUGGCCAUUUCUACUUGGUUCAGCUCCUGCAGGACGUCCUGCGCCACUCCGCUCCGGCUCGGGUGGUGGUGGUCUCCUCAGAGUCUCACAGGUUCACAGAUCUGGUGGGCUCGUGUGGGAAGGUGGAGCUGAGUCUGCUUUCCCCUCCGCAGAAGGAGUACUGGUCAAUGCUGGCCUACAACCGUGCCAAACUCUGCAACAUCCUCUUCUCCAACGAGCUGCACCGCCGCAUGUCACCUCACGGCGUCACCUGUAACGCACUGCAUCCUGGGAACAUGAUGUACACCUCCAUCCACCGCAGCUGGUGGCUCAUGACCCUCCUCUUCACCUUCGCUCGGCCCUUCACCAAGUCUAUGUAGCUGUGGGCUGCCGGGAGGUCAGUGCUUUCUCAAGGUGAAGGCACACGAGGGGUCAUUUCCAGCAAGAGUUCGGGCCCCUCCGUCUCCUGGGGUUUGAGCAGAUGCACCCCCUGCCCCCCUCGGUCAGAUGGCACGGGCCCGCCGUGAUUCAGGGCCGGGUCGUGCCAAACACCGGCGCGCGUCUGAGCAGUCGUGCCAGGAAGGAUGCCAACAUCUCCAGAGGGAGAGAGUGAAAUCAUCAAAGCUGAAUGUACACACAUAUAAAAGCCACUUUCAUUUGUUUACACCUUUUAUUUUCUAGAGGCUUUGGAUGGCAAAUAUAUAUUUCAUUGGCACAGGGUUUCUUUCUGAUCUAAAAAUGCCUUUUUAUUUGGAGUGCAAUACAGUAUGUCCUUUUUUUAAACUCCAUUUUUAUGAAUUGUUUAGAUCAUGGGUGUUAUUUAUAUUUUAAUAUGUUUGAUAAUUGCAUUAAGACGCUCAAAUAAGAAUACAUGCAUGAACUGAGUGCCUGCUUUGAACAGUAGGGGGCAUGAUGGGUUAACCGAAGCCCCGUCAACACACAACACUGGCCUGAAAUAAAAGAAAUAUGAACCAGAAAGUAGCUCAAAUCUGUUUCAGAUAUUCCUAAUUAUUUAGUGUUUUUUUUUUUUUUUUUAAGUAAGAUAUUCUAACAGUUAAUAGAUAAAAUAAUUAAUUAAACUUUUUAAAAGUAACCUUUUCUUGUAAUAAAUGGCUGCACCAGUGUUACUCUGCAUCACUGCCAAACCAACUGCUUAUAUGAUUGAAAUAUGAAUUGAUUUUAUACUUUUUUAUUGUUUCGUUUAUAUCAUUUAUCCUUUGCCCUUAUUUGGUGUUAUUUAUUUGCUUUGGUGCACAAUUUUAAUUAGAUGUUUAUGUUUAUAUGAUUCAUUCCAUUAUAUGUUUUUAUUUAUUUUAGUUAGCACAGAAUAUAUACAGCCCUUUUCCGGGAAACCUGUUUGAAAACAGUUAUUUUAGUGAGUCCAGUUAGUCAUACUUCUGACACAUUUCAGCCUUGAAUGAAUGAUCUGGUCUGUGUUUACACUCACUGGAUGCAUAUUAGAUGAAGUGUGUGCCGAUACAGUAAUGCCAGUGCAUCUGUCCUGAUAAUGGCAGCCAAUAGUCAUAAUAGUGUGUGCAGAAAUGGACACAUUAUUGCCCAUAGAUCAGCGAUGACGGGAAAUCUAUUUGUCUUCCCUGUCUUUUCAGCUUGUCUGUCUGUUUUCACUACUGCAUCCUCCUUAUUCUCUGUUAAGGAUAGUGACUACAACUAGUUCCAUAAAAAAAUACAAAAAAAGUCAAACAUUUCGACCGAUAGCAAGUGAAUGGAAGUGCUUAAUCCUUAGAUAAUGUUAAUAGUCAAUACUUUAAAGUUUUUCAAAUUUGGUUUCUGUGUGUGUUUUUCUAAAUGUAUGUAUGUAUUCAUUUAUUUAUUAUUACUUGUGACGUCAACCUAUAUUCUUUGUUAUUCUAGUUUAGUGCAGCUAUCAGGCAGGUUUUGCUAAUAAAGUUUAUAGUACGGUGCUAAGUGUCAAUAUCCUCUGCACCCGUGGUCCAUGGUGGUGGUAAUUAAAAUGCUACAGAGGGAGCGGAGCACGCAUGAAAAUUUGAUGGCAAAUUGAUUUCAAGUUCAUCUUGAAAUUUGUCCUCAGCUGGAACCGAUACUAAAGACAGCUUUUUGUCAGCUGAGACAGGUACUGAUGACUGAAUGAUAGAAACGUAAGAACUGGCGGUGGAUAGAAUAUCCACAUUUGAUUGUAUUGCGUUUAACUUUAUUUUGGUUUCAUGUUAAAGAGGUCGUUUGUCUGUAAGGGAGAGUAAGUGAUGGAGGAACACGAGAGGGAAGUAUCACAAACCGUAAGGCCACAUCCCACAGCUUGGAUAUUUUUGCUUGAGAAAGUGUUAAUUUAACUCUGAAGAAAUUUGCAUGCUAGGUUGUGUGCUUUGUAUGAUGAUCAGUUACACAAAGUGUGUGUGCUUCUUUGUGUGUCUGUGAUGUUCGGUCAGUUGCGUAUGGUCUCAUUUUCCCCAGACGUCUCUUUUAAUGUCUUUGUUUUCUUUUUACUUUCACAGAUAAUCCUACUUUAGUAGCACACCGCUGUGUGCAGUAUGGCAGCUAAGCAGAAACCGUAAUCCUCUACUCAGGUAUUGAUAGUUUAGAUUGACUCCUGCUGGCUUUCAUAAAGACUGAUGAGACCUUUUACUGCCAAAAGAGCAGGAAAUUACCAGGAAAAAGACAGAUGAUGAUGUAAUGGAUAUUGGAGGACGUGAAAAUGAAAGAGGGAUAAACAAACAAAACAAAAGCAAAAAGAACAAACGAAUUAAACUCGACAAAAAAGACAAAACAAAGAAACCAA